UCCCACCAGUCUCGUGCCGCCAUGUUGCGUGUAGAUAGUAACGAAAGAAAGAGUUCCGCUGUGUUUUACGGGUCUUGGACGGUGCAGGAGGGUUCUACUGGGAUAUCUCUUGAUGGUGGCAUGCAGAAUGAAUGCAGUACACCUUCAAGGGCGUGGGAGAACACGAUAUUCGGAAGGAAAGAGUAAGGUGUCUUCAACUCUGUCGUGGUUGAAUAUGGAGGUUGUCGAAAAUUUCUCUCCUUCUUUUCUCAUUCGUUUGUUUCCUGCGUGUGGAUGCAUUAAUUCAUGGAUUGGAAAGGUUAUCUGCACCACCUCCUUCACCACACUUGGAUGAGCAAAAUGGUGAUGAUGGUGAAGUAAUGAUGAUAGUGAUGAUGAUAAGAGGCAAGCAAAAGUGAUAGAAUGAUCGUAUAGUGAGUGGAAAGAAAGUGAUGGUCAAACUUGAACCAUCUUGUGCCUCCAACACCAGCAACAGCACCUCCACCGCCACUACCACCACCACCACCUACAACAACAACAACUAUAGCACCUGCACCACCACCACCACCACCACCAUCACACCGUGUCGCUGGGCCCAUAGGAGACUUCCAUUGAAAGGAGUCACCAUGACAGUCGGCACUGACAACCAGAAAACGCCCCUCGUCAAGAUAGAGAUGCAACGGACGAAGCUUGACGCUGAUCUGGUGAAGCGUCACCUGGAGACGGACAACGAGGUGGCGAUGCAACACAUGCUCCAGAGCUGGAGUGUUGCCGAUGUGCUGCGUCCCAAUCUUGACGGCCAGGCGGUAGGCAAUUCUCUCCACAUCGCCGUCAAAUGCGGAGCCGAAAAGUGUCUCAAAGUCUUGCUUAGUCACCGACUUUCCAAGGAGGAAUUAGAGGCUCCUGACGACAAGGGACAGACGCCUCUGCUGACGGCAGUGGGCAAAGCGCGACACACAGCACUGGAACACCUGCUGAGUGCAGGAGCCAAUGUCAAUGCCCGCGAUGACAACCACAAAGGAGCACUACACCUCCUAGUACUGAACCUCUCCAAAGACUCUGCACAGGCGGGGGACUUACUGAGGGUGGCAGACUUGUUACUAUCCUCUACACACGUCAAGAAGCUAGACUUGGAGCCCCACGCCGACUUUCUUGACCUGACCGCCGCCACCCCGCUGGCCUUGGCUACCGCCAAGCUUCGGAAAGAAGACACAGCAUCCUGGGUCGCCAAUCUUCUUGAGCUGUGCAAGAAGCUGGUAAAAGCGGGUGCCUCAUUGUCUGGAGAUGUGAACGGCGCCACUGUGCAGCAGGUACUUACCCAGAAAGGAUGCCUGACGGAGAAGGUGCUGAGCGAGCGAAAGCAUCCCCCUCCGAGACACAUAGCGGCUCACGUGGUGGACUUGGUCUGCAUGCGCAGGAGCGGCAGCGAGGUGAGGGAGAUGUUGCAGGGAGAGCGACCAGAAGACGCCCGUGAAGCAGUGAAUUCAAAGCUCGGUAGCAACAGUCUGCUGUCAUACGCUGUGAACAUUAUGAACACUUCUCUGGUGGAGGAGCUGCUCAGGUAUGGCGCUGACCCCUGGCUGUUGGAAUGGACGCACGAGCUGCCUCUCCACCGCGCCGCCGUCAAAGGCCACGUUGACAUCUUCACCUUGCUUGUCGAAAAGAUGAAGAACAACAACAAGACCAUCGAUCUGCGGGACCACAGUGCCACCCUCAUCAAGAAGCUCAUGGAGAACAGUCACACCAAGACCACGCAGAACGAAGAUCACUUGGCGUGUCUCCGCCACUUACUGAAAGAAGCCCAGCUUGACUUGAACCAGAAGGACCCUGAUCUGACGCCGCUGCACUUGGCGGCGAAAUAUAACCAGCAGGAGGCGGUGAGGGAACUGCUGAGGGCAGGUGCCUUCCUUGGCGCACGCCACGUGGUGUUUGGGAAGGAAUGCGGUGCUGCCUUGGACAGUGUUCUACCGGAAACACUGGAACACGCCAUGGACGACUGCAUUACACAUUACUGUGACGACAAAAGUAACAAGACCGAGAACGUAGUCAGCGAACACUACACACUCCACCUCGACUAUUGUUUUCUUCUUCCACCAGAGCAGGAUGGCAACAACAGUGACACCAAACCAGUGAAUGAAGUGGAGACGCUGAUGGAAGUGUGCCACAGCGAAAGGCACCGUCACCUCAUCAAACACCCCCUGGUGCAGACUUUGCUGUACGCUAAGUGGAAGAAGGUACAACCGUUGUACAUCGGUAACCUGUUACUUUACUUGUUCUUCGUGUCAAUGCUCACCACAUUUGCCUACUUCCUAAUAGACCUGCGCGCGAUAGAAGAACAUCUGUCAAUGCUGCAGCUUAACGUUACCAUAAAUACCACCAGCCUGGAAGCCAGCAAGCAGGGGAAGCAAAUCAAAGUGCACGUGUUCCUGGUUCUGCUGCUGCUCGCCUCACUGUUCAUGUUGGUGAGAAUGGUUUUGCAGAUUAAGUUAUCCUUCAAGUAUCUCAAGAAAAUUCAAAACUGGCUGCAAUGGUCACUGUUAGUGAUAGUGCCGGUGCUGUGCUUCGCGCCGCUGGAGAUGGACUCAAUAAGACAAUGUUCAGCCUGGGCAAUGAUUAUCGCCUGGUUCGUGUUCGUGCUGAAGUUGGGCCGCGUGCCGUUCUUCGCUCUCUACAUUACGAUGCUGUGUCACGUCACCUCGAAUUUCCUGAAGCUAAUUGUCCUCUACAGCCUCCUCAUCCUUGCCUUCACCCUCAGCUUUAACAUCCUGCUCUUCCACCCCUUCGGAGAAAACCAGAAUGAAAACUUCCUAUCGUUUCCCAAGGCCGUCGUCAUGUCCACAGGCGAGUUGGAAUACUCCGACAUGAGUGAGAAGUUCCCUGAGGCGUUGAGCACCUCCGCUAUCAUCAUGACGCUCGUGUUUGUCUUUGCUAUCAUCUUGGUACUGAUGAACGUGAUGAAUGCACUGGCCGUCACUGACGCGCAAGAAGUGGUGAACGACACCAAGCUGUACUCCCUCAUCUCCCUCCUUGAACUGGUGAACGUGAUAGAGACCUUCCUCAGCUCCCGCUUCGUACGCCCCUGUCUGGGUAACUUGCAGCUUCUGUCUGGGACCAACAACACUCCGUCCUUCCUGGCCAAGAUCAACCACCCCAAGAAGCAUGAGCGGCUCCUGUCCGGUCUCGACCACAAGACCCCGAACAAGCUGAAUGACGAGUUUGCCGAGUGUCUCAGGGUUCAUCGGCUGCACCACCUGGAAGAAAAGAGGAGCCAGCAGCGUAACCAGGCCACGGCGGAGCUCGAGGACGCUGUCCAGAACCUUACUGACCACCACCCUAACCUGCUACGCUCUCUGGCUGCUGCCUUGCGCCCUAGCCAGUAAUGUGAAGAGGGAAAAACUAAAGAGAUUGUGGUAUCCUUGCUAAUGAUGUGAUGAGGGAAAGUCUAUAGAGAUGAUGAUGCAACGGAGCACCCUAUGACAGCGCCACCUUAUUCUUAGGUGUUAUCCUGACUUUACUGUGAAUGAUUGAUCUGUAUUUGAUUUUGUACGUAUCAGUGUGAUAUGUUCGUGUCUACUAUAUUCAUAACGUAGAGAAACUGCUUAUUCCUACUUACCAAUACAAAAAUGCUAACAUUAUUACUAGUGAUAGCUUGGAUGGCCAAAUUAGUGUUAUGGCGCCAUAACACAGUCUCAGUUCUACCUCUGGGGACUAACGAGCCUUUUUUUUUUUUUUUUUAUUUAUACCAUGUGGGCUUUUCACGGGAAUUUAUGGGCUAAAGGGGUACUUUUUGGGGUACUUCUUAUCUCAAAGCCCACCCGCUAGGAAACCGUUG